AAAAAAAAAAAAAAUUAAAAAUAAAGCUUCAUGUAUCAUUUUUUUCUUUCUCCACUAAAUUAUCGGUUACUUUUACCCAUUUUAUUAUUAUAAUUUAUGGCAUCUCGAAAAAAAAAUAUACAUAAAGCACAAAUAACAAAUGUAAAUCAUGAUGAUCAAGCUAUCAAUGACGAUCCAGUAGCAAAUAAUUUUAUUCAUAGGAUUUCCUUUUUUGUUGGAUAUUUAUUAGAUGUUUUAAUGGGCUCUUUAAUAGUGUUAAAGCCGCUUAUCUCUUUAUUGACAGCUAUCAUUAUACUAUUUGGUCUAAUUAGUUUUGGUUAUCGAAAAUGCCAAGAUCUUGUAUUAGACACGAUUUGUCCUUUGCCUUUUUUUGGUAAUCAUUUACCUCUGUGCGAGAAUUACAUUCGGUCUGUACCCGAUUUUUCUCAUCUUGUCAAGCUUCAAGAGACACUCUACGAUGGCAUGCUUUCACAAGCAGAUGCUGGUUCAUCAUCCAUUUCAGCUCUCGAGCUUAAACGUGUUGAAUUAGCGACACGCGAUCUACAGGUGUUGGUAAAAUACUCCAAUCUUCAAAGUCAUGAUUUAUUAGAAGCCAAACUAGGUGAUUACAUUAUACGAUCACGAAAAUUUGGUCGUGAUAUUCAAAGUCUUCAAGCACAAACAAAGGGUGUUAUCGACAACCUCAUCACCUAUAAUACCUUUACAUUACGAAAGCUAUCUGAGGUUGAAGCCAAAAAAACGAGUCGACAGGAGCUUCGAACGAUAUACGAACAUGCCAUGUCAUUAGUUGAAAAGGAAGCAAAAAGGUUAAUUUUGGCUAUCGAAAAGGCAUUAGGAACACUUGAUCAGCUUGAAGAAGAUCUAUAUGCAAUUCAUGAAAUUUCAAUUCAGGAAAGGAGUUACCAACAGUCUGAAAGACCACAUAUUUUGGCUGAUUUAGUGAAUAGAGUGAGAGGCAAAGGAUUGAGAAGGUCUCUAGUGAAUGAAAAUCUUGAUUUAUUAGUCAAUUUUGACACUGAAAGAAGUAAAGCUGCACAACAGUUGAUGGUUAUGUUGGAUCGUAUGGAAGCCUUUCAGAUGGAUCUUGAAGAAUUAAGAUCACAAGUUGUUGCACCCGUUCUCAUUCCAGACACAUUGCCCUUAGAAAUGCAUAUUGAAAACAUGGGGAAAGCAAUUGAAAGGCUGAAAAAAGGAAAAUUAAUUGCUUGGGAAGAGAAGCAACAAAUAGAGGGAUCAAUUCCUUAAUAAAAGAGAUAAAUAAAAUAAGUGGGUGCAUUAUACAUCUCGGAGUAUAAAUAGCAAGUUCCUUAUUAUGAUUAUUAUUUCCUCCCCUUGCUCUAUAUAGCUUUCCUUUUUUUUUUUUUUUUUUUU